UAUACUAAUUUUAAAUUACAAUUUAACUUGUAUCAUCUAAUAUCUGCUACCGAUCGGGUUUCGUCCGAUUACCGCUAAACCUAGAAAGAGAAUCGCAAUGACUGAAAUUGGCAAGAAGAAGAAGAACAAGAAGCGGGGGUAGGGAAGAAAGACCCAAGAGAAGAAGCUUUUGGCGGGAUGGGUUUUUGUCCGCCGCUGCCGGAGCGAUUCGCGAGGUACGUCGACGAGGUUAGAGGGACGGAAGUGAAGAUGGCCAUUCAGAAGCAGCUGUCGAGGGGAAGAAGGGUUGGGUAAGGUUGGGGAUGUGUGGGCCAAGUGAGGAUAGAGAAUGAAGAUUUUUUUAUUAAAUUAUUUAUUUUUCAUAUGGCCUCCAUGUCAGUGUAGCAUGCUGAUUCACUAACGGUCAAUGAUGUUGACCGUCUAAUUUGACGGAAAUUCACGAGUCGGCCCGAUUGAGUCUAUAUGGUGCAUAGUUUAGGUCAUGAUGUUAAUUUCUAAAACCACGGGUCAAAGUUGAUUAUAUGGUUAUAGUUCGGGCCAUAAUAAGGUAUUAACCCUUUUUAUUAUGCAGUAUGCAGCAAACAAGGUAAGGUCAAAUUGCCCCAUAGAGAAUCCUCCCCAUUUUUUCAAGACACUACGCAAAGGUGAUACUCCUUUAGUGCAUCACUUUCGUACAAACAUUCGAGGCUAUAAUGGAGUCUUCUGCUUUGUUUCCAUCGGAGGUAAAUUGACUCAUUCCAUUAGUUUUGUUUUUCUUACAACCGCAUGUGGUUACCAACUUUUUAACAAGCAAUUAAUUUAUUUUGCAACUGAAUUCCUAUAACAUUUUUUUAAAGGAAAUUAAUAUAUUUGGAAAUUGCAUUUUGUUAUUAAUUGAUAAAAAGAGUAUAGUACUAAUGUCUUCCAUCAUUUGGAUAGUUAUUUGCUGACGAGAAAGAUGUGCAUUAUUAAUAAUUUCAUGACUUAAUUGUUAUAUAUAUAUAUAAAUCAUCACUAAGCUAGUGUAUAGUAUAGAUAGAUAGAUUGUUCCGGUUGGUAACGACAACAGUUUUGACCAGGUCAGACCAAAAUUUGAUAAUUAUCCGACCCAAUAAAAAAAAUUAACAUAAUUUCAAUUCAUUCUAUUUCGUAGUAGAAACUUUCUUUUUAUUUCGAUUCUAUGAUCUUACAUAAUUUAAGUAAUCCUAUUGACAUACAUUCACAAUCAAGAGAACAUGUAAAACUCAUAUAGUCCCAUGAGAAAAUAAAUCAAUUUGUUAUCGAGACACACUUUUAAUGCACAAAGUUCAAUGAGUUCAAUAACUAUGUAAGAUCACAAGCUCAUGUAAAUGGGGCUUCCCCUAACGAUGACAUCAAGCAUUGGUCAUAUAAACAACAAAAUUCUCAAAAGAAUGACCAAGAAGGGUACUGCUUAAUAUCUUGCACGACUGAUAAUUGGCAGAAAUCCUCAACCAAUAUUAUGAGCGACAUAGUAAACACAGAGCAAAUGAUAGUGAACAUAUAACGGGUAAGCACCAUGUUUUUGCCAGAAACAAAUCAUCAUUUAAUCAAUACAAAACAGUUAAUAGUCCAUUUAAGUAGCCAACAUGAGAAUUCUAAACCCUUCAAACAUAAUCUAACCAACUUCAAAAGUACACCAGAAUUUACAUUUCAUGAACCCAGAACAGGCGACUUCUAACUUUGAUGAGAAUCACAAACGAAUCAGUCAAGAACAUUGACAAUAAGCAUAUAUCAAAUCAACAACUCAAAAUUUCAAGAGACAGAGUACGAGAUCAGAUAUCAAACCUUUAAGAACAAACCUUGUUCAGACACCAAGCAGGACAGUAACCAUAUAUCAAUCAUCCUUAAAGAGUUCUAAUGCCCAUCUCACAAGGUUAUAGAUGCAGAAACGUAAUUUGAUCUCCGAAACUUGCUGAUGACUGAAGCUUACUGAUGAUUGAAACUUGAUUUACCAUUCUAUCCUUCCAGAUAGAGUAGCGUUUCCCAUAAAACAUGGGCGGAUAGGUGAUUACAAAAUACCCAACCGAUGACGAAGAAUCAACUGAGAUACCUUGAGGAUGUUAAUCCUAAUGACAAGUAACCGGCUCUGAUACCAAUUUUGAUUCUAGGAUGGGUUUAAACGAUUUAGGGUUUUUCAAAUUGAGAAUUGAAGAAGUAAAUCGAAAGAGAUACUUCUGGAAUUGAUAAUUUAAACGUGGUCAUUCUGCAGUUUUAUAACUGCUUUUAACAAGAACAACCAAAGGAAAGAGGCAAAUGAAAAGAAAAACAAGUUCUGAAGAACUCAAACAGAGGGGAAUUAAAAUCAAUCUUCCCGCUCCUAUCUACCCAGAAACCCAUCUCUGUAGAAAGGGAGGAAGAAUGAGGAUAAGAUCCAAACACUCCCAAGAGAUAAUCCCACAUAUAGUUACCCAGAUUAAACCCAAUCCCCUGUAACCUAUCUGACUGACAUCUCUCCUAGGGAGGAACCCUUUGCAACCCAAAGCUUCUAGCUUUCCUGGUGCAAUCCAUUGAGCAGAGGAAGACGAUCUUGAGUUACUUAAAUAGCCCAUUCAGAUGAUCGUUGGAGAGGCUGUCCAUUGAGGGUUGAUGAUGAUGAUGCUUCUUGAAGAUUGAAUCCCAUUGAAAGGAACGAGAAGCACACAUGCUUGAAGAAAACGAAUACGGAAUAAGAACACGGAAGCAGGAUUUACGUGGUAUCCCUGUUUGAUGUGAACAUGUUUAAUCCACGAAGAGCUCGAAGGAGCUCUCGGUUUGACGAUCUUAUCAUUGAUCAACUGACUAUCUUGCUACUUACAGGGAAUCGCAGCAGAGAUAUAUAUAUGGGUGACUUGAGUUAAAACCCUAACACAACUAGGCUUACGUAUCCUUUAAUGACAGGAGCAGGAAACAUAGCUUACAAGACAGCUGCACUAACACAGCUACAGCACGACGUCGUGCUCAGUAAGACACACGUACACGAGACUUCUACACUCCCCCUCAAGCGAAGGCGUGAAUGUCAAGAAUGCCCAGCUUGACCAAAAAUCCACGAAAAUGAUUGCAUCCUAAACCCUUGGUGAAAAGAUCAGCAGGUUGUUCAGACGUCGCAAUCUUACAAGGAGAUAUAUUGCCAGCAAGAACGCGUUCCCGAACGAAGUAGCAAUCCAUUUCGACAUGUUUGGUGCGCUCAUGGAAGACAGGAUUAGCGAAGAUAUGGACGGCAACCUAAUUAUCGUAAUAAAGGGGAGUGGGUGCAGCAGUUGGAUGACCAUGCUCUGUCAUCAACCAUCGAACCCAUAUAAGCUCACUAGCAGCAGUAGCCAUAGCUCAGUACUCGGCUUCAGGAGAAGAACGCGCCGCUACAGACUGUUUCUUUGUACGCCAGGAAAUUGGUGCACCGCCAAGUAGUAUAAAGUAACCAGUGGUAGAGCGACGUGAAGCAGGGAAACCGGCCUCGUCGGCAUCACAGUAGCUAGUAAGAGUGAGAGACAGAAGUUAGGGAAAAAAGACCACGACCUGGCGAUUGCUUCAGAUACUUAAGGAUGCGAACUGCGGUAGAGACGUGCGCUUGAGUUGCCGCAUGGACAACUUGACUAAGUAUGUUGACUGCAUACUGUAUAUCGGAACGAGUCACCAUUAGAUAAAGAAGACUACCCACAAGACGAUGAUAACUGGAUGGAUCAGUAGCUGGCUCAGACGGGAGGCGACCAAUGUGAUGAUUUUGCUCAAUUGGGGUUGCGCAAGGACGUGCGCCCUCCAAUCCACCUUCAGCGAGUAUGUCCAAGACGUACUUACGCUGGUUUAGAACAAUGUCCUUGUGAGAGCGAGCUACUUCGAUACCAAGAAAAUAUUUCAACGACCCAAGUCUUUGAUGGUGAACUUAGCAUGGAGAAAGUCUUUCACAUCUUGAAUGAACUGAGCAUCAUUUCCAGCUAAAAUGAUAUCGUCAACAUAAAUUACUGCGGCAACGAAGCUAGAUCCAGAUCGAUGAAUGAAAAGAGAAUGGUCGGCCUGACUCUGGGAAAAACGAAAACUCAGUAGUGCACUAGUCAGUUUCUGGUACCAAUUUCGUGAGGCCUGACGAAGACCAUAUAUCGAUUUAUGCAGGCGACAAACACGGGAGUCACCUGGAGGCGUGAAACCCUGUGGUAUGUGCAUAUAAACUUCCUCAUGAAGAACCCCAUGCAAAAAGGCAUUGUUGACGUCCAACUGUUCAAGAAACCAAUUUUGACUGACUGUGAGAGCUAUCAAACACCGGACAGUGACUAACUUUGCAACAGGAGCAUAAGUAUCGUGAUAGUCAAUCCCUUCUACUUGUGUUAAACCUUUAGCUACUAUACGAGCUUUGUAUCACUCCACGGAUCCGUCGGGCUUGAAUUUCACCUUGAAGACCCACUUACAAACAACUGCGCGCUUCCCGGGAGGUGGUACAGUAAGUGACCAUGUACCAUUUGCUUCAAGCGCUGCGAUUUCUACUUGCAUCGCCUCUCGCCAGUGUUUAUAUCGGAAAACUUCGCUGAAGGAGGUAGGGUGACCUUAAUCAUUUUCUCCACUCUAAGUUUUCAGGAGUUGAUUCUCGUGCAUGUGGUUUUUUUAACUUUUUACAAAGACAAUUGUCAAUCAAUUAGUUAGAAUGCUUGGAAAUUCUAUAACUGCCAUUUUUUGUACUUCUAGCAACUAAAAAUUUGAAAAUUUUUAUGCUAAAAAAUAAAACGUGUCUUACUUCAUAAACGUAUCAUUAUUUAUACCAUUGAAAAAAUUCAUCCGAUCAACGGAUGUGAUAGAGUUGUACUCCAAAUUGCAGAAGGAAUGAUGAAGAACAAGCUCGAAGAAGAACAAAGAAGGACGAAACAUUUUCAUUAAGUUAUGCUACGUCGUUUUAUUACUAGAGAGUUGUAAUAGGAGUUAGCCCGUUUAAUACACUGUUUAAACUUUAAAUAAACGAAUGGAAAACUGCCAAGUGGCAUUGCUCUGUUAUCCAUUUGUCUUUACAUUUUAGCUGAACUAUAAAAUGUAGAGGAUGAUCUCAGGGGAAGCUGAAGAUCAAUCCUUCCACAAAACCCUACUAGGUUUUCUCUGAGGACGGGCCCAUAUCUAGUUUUAUGUUAUAGCUUGUGAACGAUUGUUAAUUAAUAGUUCUAUAAUAGUUAAUCGUCGAACCAUCAACCACAAUUUUUUUUGGUUCAGCAUCCAUCCGAUUUUGAAAUUGGAUAACGAGUUGAGAUGGGGAAGGGUUUGCGGAAGUAUAUACUCAGGACUCAGGUGGUUGAUUUGGGAUUGGAAUUGAAUUGGUUUGAGGGUUCAAAGUAUACAGAGAUGAGAGAGGAGAUUAUUUAGGGAGAAAGGUACUGAUGGUAACGGAUUUAAAUUCCUGAAUUUCCAGAAUGUCAGAUUCCUGAAACCCUAGUCUACAUAUAUAACCUGACCCGGACUCCUGUUUCUUCUUCCCCGAUCUAGUUUUGGAGUUCCGGCUACUACGGACGAGAUCGACGAAGGAUUUAUACUCAGAGCUACCGGAAGACAUAUUGGCCAAGAUCGCGAAAGAUCACUUGUUGAGCUUCUCCCAUCUGAUCCCUUUCUCCGGCAUGUGCAGAUGGUGGAGAACCGUCGCUCUCAAAUAACUCUACCUCAACAACUACCACUUUCCAUGCCUUGAUGAAGUCCAAAGGAGUGGUUGAUCUGAAUCAACAAGAAGAAGAAGUGCAGAAUUCAAAAGGAAAGCAGCAGAGAGCUUAAUAGAAGAAACUUGUUAGUUGUACGGAGCAUUUUAUUCUGUAGUUGUUGUUAGUUAUUUACAAAGCAAUAGCUCUUUGACAUCUGGCUAUGUUACCGUUGAGAUACAGUAAAUUCGGAUUAGUAUAUAUAUAUAAAAAAACCCAACACGAGAUAAGCUGAGGAAUUCCAAAUUCUCUUCUUCCUCCUUUACUUUCUGAUUCACAAAUCCUUCUACAGAAAGUUUCAUGGUAUCAGAGCAGAUCUAAGGGAUCAUGUCAGGGACAAGGAGUGGAGGUGCUAAUACUCCACCCAAUACUCCUCCGGUGAAUUUUGGGUCUUUCCAAGGCCAAUCGACGAACACUCAAGGCAAUAGCAACCGAGCUGCAGAUCUGAAUUUCGGUAACCCAUUCUACAUAAACCCUAAUGAGAAUUUGGCUCAAUCUAUAGUACCCAUUGUUUUAGAUGGUCCAAACUAUCAGACCUGGUCUAAGGCAGUGAAAGUGGUUCUUAAGACUAAGAACAAACUAGGUUUUAUAGAUGGGUCGAUUGUUGCUCCGAACAGAAAUGACAAUUUGUUUCAGAUCUGGGAUGCUUGUAACACAAUUGUACUUUGUUGGAUUACUAAUUCUCUAGAGAAGGACAUUUCAAGAAGUGUCCUUAGUCAUGAUAAUGCUCGUGCUUUGUGGAAUGAGCAUAAGGAUCAUUAUGGUCAAGCUGAUGCACAGAAGCUCACUAAUCUAGAAGAUGAAAUCCAUUCUACUAAGCAAGGAACCAAGACCAUUACCCAGUACUAUACACAUAUGAAGGGUCUUUGGGAAGAAUAUAGUCAGUUUAAUCUUAUAGUUCCCUAUGGAUGUUUACCUGGAAACCCAUUGCCAUGUGCUGCUGUAGAGCCAUUCAGGUUGAAACAUAACACAGAUUAUCUCAUUCGAUUCCUUCGUGGGUUGAAUCCUGAGUAUGACUACAUCAGGACACAGCAGUUGAUGCAGAAGGCGUUACCAACAGUUGUACACGCAUUUCAUGAUCUGUUACAACAUGAACAGAAACUCAAGGCUGAGGGGAAUGGAGCUGGUAACAAGAUAUCUCAAUCAGUUGCACUGACAGCUGGUUCUUAUAGUGGAGCUGGAUCUUCUAAUGCCAAUUCCACAGCCAAGAGUUCAUACAAAGGAAGUGGAGAAACUGGUACAUACAAAGGAAGUGGAGAGAAUGACCAGUUGUUUUGUAAUUAUUGCAAAAAGACAACCAUGUGAUUAAGGAUUGCUGGAGACUCAAGAAGAAGAGACAUGAUAGAUAAGGGGGAAGCAAUAGGUUCUCUGGUGUUGUGGGUCAAGAUGCAGAUGUUGAGUGAGACAGAAACUUACAAGUUGAAGUUGGGAGUCAUUUUUCAAGCAAUUCUGGUGGUUUUACUGCAAAGGAAAUGAACAAACUAAGAAGCCUUCUGCAGUCUUCAAGCUCCAACUCACCAACCUCUCCUCAAAGUCCUUCAAUCAACCAUAGGUCACAUUCACUGACCAACUAUCUACCUCAAUUCCCAAAUUAUGGAGGUAAGCAUGUUCUGUCAACAUAUCAGAAUCAUAAAACUUUACAAAACACAUGGAUAUUUGACACUAGUGCAUCAGAUCAUAUUGCUUGUUAUAUUUCCCUCUUUGAUAGUUGUUAUCCAGUGUCUGAAUCUUUGUUUAUCUCCCCAAUCUAGCAAAGGUUCAAGUCUCUCACAUAGGUUUAGUUAGAUUAUCUCCACAUCUUUUCUUACAUAACGUUCUUCUAGUUCCCAGCUUCACCUUCAACCUUGUGUCUGUUAGUAAGCUUACACAUGAUCUCCCCAUCUCACUCAUUUUUCUAUCUGACCUUUUUCAUGUCCAGGACCUAGUGACCAGCAAGAGGAUUGGUUUGGAAAAAUAAAAUAGAGGCCUAUAUCAUUUCAUUCCAGACCACCCUACCAUUCCAAAUACCACUCCUCAAGUUGCUUCUGUUUACAAUUUUGAACCCCACAAGAUUGAGUUGUGGCAUUGGAGAUUAGGCCAUCCUAGUAAUAGUAGUAUUAUGCUUAUUAACAAAUGUAAUCCAGUUGUUCCUGUUGAGAGAGUGAAACACUGUGAGCAUUGCCAUUUGUCUAGGCAGAAGAGAUUACCAUUCCCUUUGAGUGAUUCUAAAGCUUCAGCAUAUUUGUAUUGGUCCAUUUUGACAUUUGGGGACCAUUAUCUAUCAAUUCACAUGAUGGUUAUUUCUACUUCUUAACCAUUAUUGAUGAUUACUCUCGUGUUGUUUGGGUUUACUUAAUGAAACAAAAAUCUGAAGCUAUUGAUUGGUUUUUGUAGCAUGGUUUCCAAUCAAUUUGGAAAAUCAAUGAAAACCAUAAGGAGUGAUCAGGGCAAGGAGUUCUAUAUGUGUAAUUUUUACCUUAAUCAAGGUAUUGAACAUCA